AAAAAGUGUGAUUGCUGAUUUCUGCCGAAACUGAAACACUCGUCGGACCAUGCCGGAACACCUGGAGCUGCAACAGCUGGUGGGUGGUGUUCUGCAGGGUGGCGUCCGGCAUCGGUCGCUAAGUUGGCUGCAGUGCUCCUGUCCCUACCUGGGCAUCAUACUGGCUACCAUUUCGUCGCUUUUCUUCUCACUUUGUUCGGUGAUUGUGAAGGGCCUGGUGGACAUCAACCCGAUCGAACUGGCUACAUUCAGGUUCAUCGGCGUCCUGCUGCCAUCGAUCCCCAUCGCCAUCUACAAGGAGCAGAGCUUCUUUCCGCGAGGCAAACGAAUCAUUCUGGUGCUGCGAUGUUUCGUCGGAACGACGGGCCUGAUGCUGAGCUUCUACGCCUUUCGCCAUAUGCCGCUGGCAGACGCUUCGGUAAUUAUAUUUUCCACACCGGUAUUCGUAGCGAUAUUCGCACGGUUGUUCCUCCGGGAGCAGUGCGGAAUGUUCAAUGUGAUAACGAUCCUGCUGACGCUGGUGGGGGUAGUGCUGAUCACCCGGCCGCCGUUCUUCUUCCACGAAGAUUCGACCAGCUUGGUGGACGAACAGGUCAUCGAGGCUAACUACGAUGUGUGGGGUCCGGUGGCGGCCCUGUCGUCCACUCUGUUCGGGGCCAAUGCUUACGUACUGUUGCGUGCCCUCAAGGGGCUGCACUUUUCCGUGAUAAUGACCAACUUUGGGGCGUUCGCAUUGGUUUACACGCUGAUUGUUUGCUACUAUUUGGGCGCACUGUGCUGGCCCUUGUGUGGAUCGGACCGGCUGCUGGUCAUAGCCCUGGCACUGUUCAGCUUCGGGGGUCAGAUUCUGCUUACGCUGGCGUUGCAAUUCGAACAGGCUGGCCCUGUGGCGAUUGCACGGUCAGCGGACAUCGUGUUUGCCUUCAUCUGGCAGAUCAUGUUCUUCAAGGAGACGCCCAACGUUUACUCGGUGCUGGGAGCACUGUUGGUGGUGAGUUCGGUCGUUUUAUCUGGACUCCGGAAGUGGGCCCUGGCGUUACCGAGGGAUUCGGACUUGAGGAAAAGGUUAAAAUUUCUGGUCAUAGAGUAGGAAUGUUUUUGAGCAUAAUAGGGCAAUCCAUGGGAUAGUCUUGUUAAGUUCAAAGCGCCACUGACUGUUGGAAGCCGCAUACUAGCCUCUAAUGUUUAACACUAAUACUAACUCACACAAGUACACAUACACGGAAAUCAAACUAUAGAACGCUACCAAAUCGGAUAGGAAUGCAAACAGCUACACUGAAGGCAAAAGAAACUUACUUCUAAAACACGAGAUAUAUGAUAUUAUCAUAUUCAUUUUUAAAAUGUCCGAAGGAGUUCAGUCGGGAAUAGGUAGUAUAAAAUGGAUUCCAUCGAGGUAAUGGGAGUCCUUUGAAAAAGGAAUUGUGAUUGUUUUGCGUAGACGCCGGGAAGAUGUAAGUCGUUAUAUUUGCCAUGCUGCAUAAAGUUAAUGAAUAUUUAACAAAACGUUAGGAGAAUGGCUGAAUGAACCUUAGUAAGAGUAAUUAUUUGACAUCACUUAACACGAGUUUGCAAUGCAAAUCGUAAACUUAUAAUUUCGUACAAGGGUUCUCACAGAAUUUCUUGAUGUUGGAUUUCAUAUAAUUCUUUCAAAAUGUCCUUGUAAGCAUUUCGUAGAGCUCCCUGAGAAAGCCUAGCAUAAUAUUUUACGAGUACUUAAUGUGCAGCUUAUUUGGGAAUACAUGCGACUAUUUCAGCAUGAGU